AUGCUCGGCUACCUUUUGCUGGGUUUGCUCGCGCAUGGCUCUGCGGAAAACGCUACGGUGUACCAGCUGACGGACUUGGAUUUGUGGUGUAUCGAUAAAUUGGGAAUUUCAACGGCAACCACAUCCACACCGUGGUUUGUCACCAGCGCAGACAUAGCGUUGGCGGAGGAACGGGCCCAAUUUCGAGCGAAUGUCAAGAGAGAUGGCUGGCUCAUGGCCGAAGAGUUUCAAGCAUGGUUAGAAGUACGAGUGUAUGCAACACUCCUGUGCUUAACAUUCGGAACGCCACUGCUGGUGAUGAUGUUGUAUCGAUAUUCCAGCACCUUUCGAAAGUGGGUCACAGUUAUUGAUCGAAAUCUCACCUUUGGCCGAUGCUUCAUGUUGUUGGUGGCCGUCUUCGUCAUCGCCGCGGGUCUCUGUUGGUUCUUCUCCCUCCGCAUCGUGUAUACGACGCGGCUGGUGAUGCAGGAUUUGCAGGACUACUUCUUAAGUUCCUUCUCAACUAGGCUCAUGGACAUCGCCAUUUCCGAAUUUGACCAUUUCACCACCGACAACAUCGGGAAACAGGUGCAGAUUGGCUCCUACCUGUGCAACCCUACAGAUGGCGUCUUUGAACUGCGAAGCUUUGGCGUGGAUUGCGUCUUCAGUAACCAGGUCUUUGCCACAAUCGAUUUGAGUCAACCCAUCCAUUUGGAGCCUCAAACCGUGGGCGAGAUGUUCAUCGAUUACAACGUGCUGCAACACUGGAACAACCUGGUUCUACCUGCCAUUAACACCGUGAUCAACAGCGCUAUGGGACGAGUUGGCCUGGCCGACGCAGUGGUCACGUUGUCCUUUGUGAUCACUACAGACUGCGUGGCCCGAGAUACGCAGAUCUUCCUUGGCAUUAAGGCCAAUGUACCUAUUGGCCUGGCAAAGCUGCCUGAGAUUUGGGCCUGGAACCAGUCCUUCUACGAGGAUCCCACGCAGUUCUGGGCCGACCUUUACAAAGCACCUCUGGUGGCAUGGGGAAGGUAG